AUGGAGGUGGAAAAGGUGGAGGAGGUAGAGGUGGUGGAGGUGGAGAUGGAGGUGGAAGAGGAGGUGGAGGAGGUAGAGGAGGUAAAGGUAGAGGUGGUGGAGGUAGAGGAGCAAAUGAAGGAGUUGGAGGAGGAAAAGGUGGAGGAGAUGGUGGAGAUGGAGGUGGUGGUGGAGGUGGAGGAGCAGGUGGACAUGGAGGUGGAAGAGGAGGUGGAGGUGGUAGAGGUGGUGGAGGUAGAGGAGCAGGUGAAGGAGAUGGAGGCGGAAAAGGUGGAGGUAGAGGUGGAGGAGAUGGAGGUGGAGGAGGUGGAGGUACAGGUGGAAGAGGAGGUGGAGGUGGUGGAGGUAGAGGAGCAGGAGAAGGAGAUGGAGGUGGAAGAGGUGGAGGUGGAGGAGAUGAUGGAGGUGGUGGUGGAGGUGGAUGAGGUGGAGGAGCAGGUGGAGAUGGAGGUGGACGUGGAGAUGGCGGUGGUUGAGGUGGAGGUAGAGGAGCAGGUGGAGGAGGUGGACAUGGAGGUGGAAGAGGAGGUGGUAGAGGUGGUGGAGGUAGAGGUGGAGGAGAUGGAGGUGGAAGAAGAGGUGGAGGUGGUGGAGGUAGAGGAGCAGGUGAAGGAGAUGGAGGUGGAAGAGGUGGAGGUGGAGGAGAUGGUGGAGGUGGAUGAGGUGGAGGAGCAGGUGGAGAUGGAGGUGGAAGAGGAGGUGGAGGUGGUAGAGAUAGAGCAGCAGGUGAAGGAGAUGGAGCUGGAAAAGGUGGAGGUGGAGGAGGUAGAGGAGGUGGAGGAGGACGUGGAGAUGGAGGUGGUUGAGGUGGAGGUAGAGGAGCAGGUGGAAGAGAUGGACAUGGAGGUGGAACAGCAGGAGGUGGGGGAGGUAGAAGAGCAGGUGAAGGAGAUUGAGAUGGAGGCGGAAGAGGUGGAGAUGGAGGAGGUAGAGGAGGAGGUGGUGGUGGAGGAGGAGGAAGUCAUCCCAGCCAGGGCACUCCUCCCUCCCUUUAUGCCUCGCUUGCGCCUAGACACAAGGGCCUGCGAAGGAAUGAACAACUGAAGGAGAGGCAGGCCAGUCUUUGGUGGGAGCCCAACUUGCCAACCAUCAUUUGCACCUAAAUGGCUGCAUUUUGUUGGAAAUAUUCUAUUGGCUGUGUCCAAACUGAUCAUUUGUGACCUAAAACAUGCAUUCCGUGUUUCCUCUGGCAGUGAUGAGGUGCAAGAAUUGAGCCUCCGCUUCCUCCUCCGGGGCCUCCGCCCUUGGAAAGGAGCCCUAAGUGGCCACUGGUUUGGUUUGUAGGAGUCACAGCCGUAGGGUCCAAUGUCUCUGUGUCAUGUGUCUCCUGCACCCAGAUUGGUGGCUACCGUCUGUGUUUCCUCCCCUUCCCCUGUGUUUUGGGGACCGGGGUCCUUGGUGGGGUGAGCAGCGCCCUCCCUGUUGCCUCCCUGGCUGCUCUGGCCUGGAGCGGAGCCAACGGGGCCUUAUCUCCCGCUCCAACUGCAAGCUCUUGCUUUGUGCAGAAUUUUAUUCCUCGCCGGGACGGAGAGGGGUUGGGGAGUGCCGCCCAGGGAACGGUGCCAAACGGCCCGGGCAAUGUUUUCCACUCAGAGCAGAAUGUUCCCUCAGGCUUCCUCUGCUCGGGGAUCUCGGCCGCGGCUGCUUUUCCACAAACUCUUCACGUUCCUUCACUUUGUGCAAAAAUGCAGACCCAUGUUUCACCCCCCCUUGAGCCUCUCAAACACUCUCAUUCUCAGCCACACGCUUCUCCUGUUCAGCAACCCUCCCUAACAGCACUCCAUGCAGUCAUGCCCGUGGAGGUGUCUACAGAUAUGCAAAUGUGAGUAGAUCAAUAGGUACCGCUCCGGCGGGAAGGUAACAGCGCUUCCUGCAGUCAUGCCAGUGGCCACGUGGCCUUGGAGGUGUCAAAUGACAUGCAAAUAUGAGUAGAUCAAUAGGUACUGCUCCGGCAGGAUGGUAACAGCACUUAAUGCACUCAUGCCCGUGGAGGUGUCUAUAGAUAUGCAAAUGUGAGUAGAUCAAUAGGUACUGCUCCGGCGAGACGGUAACACCGCUUCAUGUAGUCAUGCCAGUGGCCACAUGGCCUUGGAGGUGUCUACAGACAUGCAAAUGUGAGUAGAUCAAUAGGUACUGCUCUGGCAGGAUGGUAACAGCGCUUCAUGUAGUCAUGCCAGUGGCCACAUGGCCUUGGAGGUGUCUACAAACAUGCAAAUGUGAGUAGUUCAAUAGGUACUGCUCCGGCGGGACAGUAACAGCGCUUCAUGCAGUCAUGCCAGUGGCCACAUGGCCUUGGAGAUGUCUAUGGACAUGCAAAUGUAAGUAGAUCAAUAGGUACCACUCCGGCGGGAAGGUAACAGCACUUCAUGCAGUCAUGUCAGUGGCCACAUGGCCUUGGAGGUGUCUACAGAUAUGCAAAUGUGAGUAGAUCAAUAGGUACUGCUCCGGCGGGACGGUAACAGCGCUUCAUGCAGUCAUGCCAGUGGCCACAUGGUCUUGGAGGUGUCUACAGACAUGCAAAUGUGAGUAGAUCAAUAGGUACUGCUCUGGCAGGAUGGUAACAGCGCUUCAUGUAGUCAUGCCAGUGGCCACAUGGCCUUGGAGGUGUCUACAAACAUGCAAAUGUGAGUAGUUCAAUAGGUACUGCUCCGGCGGGACAGUAACAGCGCUUCAUGCAGUCAUGUCAGUGGCCACAUGGCCUUGGAGGUGUCUACAGAUAUGCAAAUGUGAGUAGAUCAAUAGGUACUGCUCCGGCGGGAAGGUAACAGCGCUGCUUGCAGUCAUGUCAGUAGCCACAUAACUUUGGAGGUGUCUAUGGACAUGCAAAUGUGAGUAGAUCAAUAGGUACCACUCCGGCGGGACAGUAACAGCGCUUCAUGCAGUCAUGCCAGUGGCCACAUAACUUUGGAGGUGUCUAUGGACAUGCAAAUGUGAGUAGAUCAAUAGGUACUGCUCCGGCGGGACAGUAACAGCGCUUCAUGCAGUCAUGCCAGUGGCCACAUAACUUUGGAGGUGUCUAUGGACAUGCAAAUGUGAGUAGAUCAAUAGGUACCACUCCGGCGGGACGGUAACAGCGCUUCAUGCAGUCAUGUCAGUGGCCACAUGGCCUUGGAGGUGUCUACAGAUAUGCAAAUGUGAGUAGAUCAAUAGGUACUGCUCCGGCGGGACGGUAACAGCGCUUCAUGCAGUCAUGUCAGUGGCCACAUGGCCUUGGAGGUGUCUACAGAUAUGCAAAUGUGAGUAGAUCAAUAGGUACUGCUCCGGCGGGACGGUAACAGCACUUCAUGCAGUCAUGUCAGUGGCCACAUGGCCUUGGAGGUGUCUACAGAUAUGCAAAUGUGAGUAGAUCAAUAGGUACUGCUCCGGCGGGACGGUAACAGCACUUCAUGCAGUCAUGUCAGUGGCCACAUGGCCUUGGAGGUGUCUACAGACAUGCAAAUGUGAGUAGAUCAAUAGGUACUGCUCCGGCGGGAAGGUAACAGCGCUUCAUGCAGUCAUGUCAGUGGCCACAUGGCCUUGGAGGUGUCUACAGACAUGCAAAUGUGAGUAGAUCAAUAGGUACUGCUCCGGCAGGACGGUAACAACGCUUCAUGCAGUCAUGUCAGUGGCCACAUGGCCUUGGAGGUGUCUACAGAUAUGCAAAUGUGAGUAGAUCAAUAGGUACUGCUCCGGCGGGAAGGUAACAGCACUUCAUGCAGUCAUGCCAGUGGCCACAUGGCCUUGGAGGUGUCUACAGACAUGCAAAUGUGAGUAGAUCAAUAGGUACUGCUCCGGCGGGAAGGUAACAGCGCUUCAUGCAGUCAUGUCAGUGGCCACAUGGCCUUGGAGGUGUCUACAGACAUGCAAAUGUGAGUAGAUCAAUAGGUACUGCUCCGGCAGGACGGUAACAGCUCUUCAUGCAGUCAUGUCAGUGGCCACAUGGCCUUGGAGGUGUCUACAGAUAUGCAAAUGUGAGUAAAUCAAUAGGUACUGCUCCGGCGGGAAGGUAACAGCACUUCAUGCAGUCAUGUCAGUGGCCACAUGGCCUUGGAGGUGUCUACAGAUAUGCAAAUGUGAGUAGAUCAAUAGGUACUGUUCCGGCGGGAAGGUAACAGUGCUUCAUGCAGUCAUGCCAGUGGCCACAUGGCCUUGGAGGUCUCUAUGGACAUGCAAAUGUGAGUAGAUCAAUAGGUACUGCUCCGGCGGGAAGGUAACAGUGCUUCAUGCAGUCAUGCCAGUGGCCACAUGGCCUUGGAGGUCUCUAUGGACAUGCAAAUGUGAGUAGAUCAAUAGGUACUGCUCCGGCGGGACGGUAACAGCACUUCAUGCAGUCAUGCCAGUGGCCACAUGGCCUUGGAGGUAUCUACAGAUAUGGAAAUGUGAGUAGAUCAAUAGGUACUCCUCCGGCAGGAAGGUAACAGCGCUUCAUGCAGUCAUGUCAGUGGCCACAUGGCCU